AUGUCUUUCAUCAGGUCUUCUGCUCUCCGCGCUUCUUCAUUGGCACGCGCAGCUCGCCCGGCGAGGUCUAUCCGCGCUGCCGAGCUCCAGCCAUGGCAACGAGCUGUCCAACGCCGGACCUACGCCAGCGGCCACGGUCCCGAGGGCGAGGCUAAGAGCAGCGAUAUCCCAUGGAUGGCCUCAGCCGUCGUCGGCACCGGUGUUGGCCUCUACAUUGUCCUAACCCAAGACACGAACCACGGCGCUGAACACCACCCUCUUGGCGACCCACACGGCGAGGGAGGUGCCGAGAAGACUGGUACCGGAUCUACCGUCGGAGAAGAGAACAAGGAUGAUGAGCCCGAGGAGGAAUCUAAGGACGAGUCUAAGGACGAAUCCAAGGAUGAGUCUGAGGAGAAGCCAAAGAGCGAUCAGCAGAACCCGGAGAAGCCUACCAAGGAGAACAGCGAGGAGAAGGACAGCCAAUCUCCUGACGUGUCCGACAAGCCCGACCCCCGCAAGGACGAGACCAAGAGCCAGAACGAGAUGUCCGGCAAGCAAAAGGGACUCUCCAACGACAACACCCACCACACCUCGCAGAUCUCCAAGCAGGAAGAGAAGAGCAAAAAGGGCGAGGGCGUUGCCGAAACCGCUAAGCUGCAAGGAACCGUCUCUACUGAGCGUCCAGGCGCGGAGAACAAGGAGGAGCGUGGAAAGGCCCAGCAGGACAAGGACGCAUAG